UUACAACCUUAGCUACUGCGUUCCUUUUCUCAUUCAUCCACUUCCAAUUGAUUCAUCUCUAAGCGCAUAUUACUGUUCUUGUUUCUCCAAGUUCCUUUCAAGCUCAUAUUGGUACAUUAUACAUCGGUAUUUCUCAAGAUGGCAUCCACGCCAAUGGAUCUUGAUGUUCCCGACAACGCAUCUCCUGCCAACGGCACUUCGUCCACCUCCCUUAACAUCACUCGUACUCUAGGUGGCGGUCUACCUAGCACAUCCGCGAUUUCCGAUAUUAUUCCCAAUUUCAGACCUACCAAGCUAUUCAAGCGCGAUGAUAUCAAAGACGGACGACACCAACCCUUUAUCCUUAGCCUCGAUUAUGAUGAUCCCGGCGAGCUUUUAAUGACGUCCGAGAGCGACGAGACUAUUCAGAUUUACAAGGUUCGAGAAGGACGUCACGACAAACAGCUCCUCAGCAAGAAAUACGGAGUCAAACACGCCAAAUUCACACACAAUAGCUCGAGUAUAAUAUACGCGAGCACAAAACAGAAUGACGCGAUCCGAUAUCUGACAACUCACGAUAAUGCGUUUAUACGGUAUUUUGAAGGCCACCAGGCCGCCGUUACAUGUUUGGCGAUGCACCCCGGCAACGACGACUUCAUCUCCUGUAGCAAAGAUAAUACUAUACGAUUAUGGAAUGCUGGGACUAAAAACGAGACGGGAAUCCUUUAUCUGAACACACCGUAUCUCGCAGCUUACGAUCCGAGCGGGCAAGUCUUCGCCGUGGCAUCGCCUAGUAGCGGCAUGGUCUUACUCUACGACCAUCGGAAAUUCGACAAAGCACCAUUCGCAGAAUUCGACAUCGUGGAAGCUUGCGGUUUAGUCGAUCCCCACCAUAUUAUGCACGGUUGGACUACGUUGGAGUUUGCCAACGAUGGGCGGUCUAUCUUAUUGGGUACGAAGGGGGGAGGCCAUUUCCUUUUGGACUCGUUCAACGGCAGUUUGAAAGCAUACCUGCGAAAGACCGAAGGUGGAAGUAACAGACUGGCGCCCGGUGAAGAAUACACGCUUAAUGGAGGUGGACCGAGUGGUGCCAGUGUGGAGAGCAGCGGCGACUGUUGCUUCACACAUGACGGAAGAUUCGUUCUCGGCGGUGGGAGGAAGGGGGUUAUGGUAUGGGACACGCUAGGUAACCCAACUGGUAAGAUCUUGGACCCGGUUCACGUGCUCGAAGACGAGAGACCUGCGGCAGUGGUUGCUAUUAAUCCUCGGUUCAAUUUCUUUGCCUCGGCAGAUCAAGACUUAGUGUUCUGGUUGCCAGAUCCACAUGCCUAGAAGGCAACUGACGAUGAAACCGUGGAUGUUAAAUCGUUAAUGUCUGGUUUAGUUGGUGUAAACGUGGAUAAGGACGAUAAGGACGAUGAGUAACGGACAGAGAAUCAAUAUGAAGUCCAUCGUUGGUAGUGAAGAAGGACGUGAGGCUAUUGGCAGGCUUAGGGCAUGGAAGAUACCCCAUUUGCAUUGCGAAAGGCGUCUAAAAGGGCUUCGUCUUGACGGCUUCUUAUAAUAGAGAUGACGACUAUUUUAUGUAUAACCAAUAAAAGAGUUUAACUUGUGCUAGGGUAUAAGAAGAAAUAAAUUGUGAGAAUUAACAUUUAAAAUAUAUCUUGGGUUAGGUAAAUUUGUUAAGGUCGGUACUUCUCACGUUUAAACCACC